AUGAUAGCCCUUACUUCUUUCGUGGCCAUUGCGGCUGGUUUCGUCGCAUUUACGCAGUCAAAGCCAUUGGAAUCAAGGGCUGCAGUCGAUGUCUCGAACGCCAAAUCGUCUUUGACCCUCAUCUACCAGAACAACCUGAACCAGUCGGACGACAAGUACCAUAUCGGAGCUCUCGUUCUUGAUCCGGUUCCACAGUCCGGUGCCGCCGCUGCCUGCGCUUCAUUGAACGAGAAACUUCUACCCAAGUCAAACCUCCAGCAGCACAAAUCAGACUUCAUCAACGCACUCUCCUACCAGAAUUACGCGGACUACUAUAAUGCCGGCAACGGAUUCUUCGUUGAUGACGGGGUCGUGACCGUUGAUGGCCAGCUCAGGUUCGCUUCAGCAUCCGCCCAUUCUCACCAACAAUUACCCGUCCUAUGCACACAGUCUGCAAAUAAUGGCUCCUCCAGUGCCGGGCCCGUCAAUGGCAGCCAGGUUUCAGUGGCAUCGGGAGGCAACACCUUCGUCGGCUAUCGGAACCAAAAGUCAUUCCGGUUCUUGGGCAUUCCGUAUGCCGACACACCUCAGCGCUGGAAGUACUCUUCACUCUACUCGAAGAGGGGCCAAACUAUCCAGGCGACGGCUUAUGGUUCCCAAUGCGCCCAAGGAGGCUCCGGAAGCGAGGAUUGUCUCUUCUUGAACAUCCAGACGCCGUACAUUCCUAAGGCUGACUCAAAGAAGAAUCUUCGCCCGGUUAUGUUCUGGAUCCAUGGAGGCGGCUUCACGGGCGGCAGCGGUGCUGACCCUCUCUCCGAUGGCGGCAAUUUGGCCAGCAAGGAAGAUAUCGUUGUGGUCAACAUCAAUUACCGCCUUUCGACCCUCGGCUUUCUGGCUAUCCCUGGAACGGAUAUCAAAGGGAACUACGGUAUUGCGGACCAAAUCGUCGCUCUCGAAUGGACUAUCGCAAACAUCGCAUCCUUCGGUGGCGACCCAAAGCAAAUUACCAUUAUCGGCGAAUCUGCUGGUGCCGGCUCGGUCCGGACUCUCCUCGGCUCACCACAGGCGAUUGGAAAAUAUCAAGGUGGUGUUGCAAUGUCGAACCUCGGUGGUGGUGUUACACUCGGCCUCAAUGGCGACUACGGGACGACAUACUCAAGCUAUUACACCAUCAGCCAGUCCUAUGCCGUAGCAGGGCAGCAGAUAUUCGCUUCGGCAGGUUGCAACAGUAGCGUCAUCUCCGCUCAGAUAUCCUGCCUCGAGAAAGUACCCGCUCUACAGCUUGUCGGCUUCCCCACCGUUGCUCGAUAUGUCGUCCAAGACGGCAAAUAUGUCAACACCGAGCAACUUAUCGUCUCGAAGCGCAACGCAAGCACGGCCCACGUCCCCGUCAUCUUCGGCAACACCGCCAACGACGGCGCGUCAUUCUCCACAUACCCAAAGACACCGGUAGCAAACCUUCCCCAAGGCCUCCAAGCCGCUCUGGGCAUCAACUCGACAUGGGCGCAAAAAGUCAUUGAUUCGGGCCUCUUUCCCUACUAUAAUACCGGCAACAUGACCCUUGAUUCAUUCAAUGUCUCCCAGCGCGUCGCAACAGACAAAACUUUCCGCUGCGUCGACGAAGCCACCGUCUACGCAGGUAGCGAAACCGGCGCCUUCGAAAAAGCAUAUUACGAACGCACGAUAAACGGCUACGACCCUAACAAUCUCGGAGGACCGAAAGACAACAACCCUAACAACCCGUACUUCCGCUUCCACGGCGCCGAUAUGCCCUGGGUGUUUGGCACGCUGUCGACGAUCCGUGAUCCGGCAGACUUGUACUCCGUGCAGCUGGUGUCCAGCUACUUCGCAGCUUUCGUAAAGAACGGGGAUCCAAAUCCGGAUCUGGAGUAUUUGAGAGUGAGAGGGUACGAUAAGGUGGCUGAGGGGGUGAGGAGAACGGGCAAUUGGGAAGAGGCCAGUGGAACGAGGGGAGAGGUCAGACAUUUGGAUUGGCCGGGGUAUAGAGGUGGAUUCGUCGAUGUUGCGCAGUGUAGCUGGCUGGGGUACCCUUUGGACUACUAUCUGAACGGUGGGAAGUGA